GAAAAGAAUAUGGAAAAGAAGAGAAAAAAACAACAACUAACAAUAGCAUAACAAAAAACAGAAAAGAAUAGAAAAACAAAUAGGCGUGAAUGUUUCCUUUCUCAUAUUUGAUACCAGAAGAGGAAUAGUUUAACACCAUCUCAUCUUGUUUCCAUUAUCUAGAACAGUGGUCUCGAAGGAAAACAUGACGUGAUUUUGACGAAUUGUACUUUAUUACGAUAAUACCAAUUACAGAGAAGAGUUACUCUCAACACAAUGCAUUAUUCUUUGGAAAAUUCUUUUCAAUAACGUGUUGUCUUUAUUGACUGACGCUAUCUGCCAGUGACGGGUGGUGCGAAGCCACGUAAUCGUGAGUACCCAUUGCCUUCGAUAAGAGGCAACUCAAUAUCAACACGUCACCAGCAAUAUUAGGUAUCACAAAGUCUAGAGGAUCUUGGUGUUUACAUUAUUAUAUAAUAUAUAGUAAUGCAGACUCCAUUGACUAUAUUAUAGUCACUGGCAUUAAUUAGUCGACCAAAGAAAUAACUGGUGAGAUUAUUUUACGUAAAACUAAAAUAAUAAAGGGCCAUUUUUACGUGAUCUGCCAAUUUCUUAUAGAGAGCCGUACCAGUGUCAAUUUCACAUAGGCAAGGGUUAAUUAUCUUUCCAUGGGAAUUAAACACCUGCACUUAGAUUGCGAUUCCUGAGAAAAUGAUGCUCCUUGUGCAAGCGAGGCAGGAAGGUUGUCCUCUGAAGACGUAACACGUAUAUUUUAUAUUUAUUCAAUGGUCUUGUUUAUUCAUAGGCACAACCCCAUAGGGGCGACAGCCCUGGCGUGCAUUCAACUCAACAGGAUAUAUGCGGGCGAUGCUGUCAGUUACGAGUUAGGACUAGAUACUAUACAUCAUUAAGAGGCUUACACGUAUGGCGUCGUAUAAAGCCAGAAGAAUGGAAAUGGUAAUGGCGUAUAACAUUGUGUAAAUAAAAGAAAUAAAAAAUGGAAACGGCAUAUCAUUAACUUCUCACACUUCAUAAUCGUAUCUACUGUGAAUCUUGGUUGGUAGUAUGGGGCAGCGUCUCAAGCAGCUGCAUGAGGAGACUCGUUCUAUGAUGACGGUGGACUGGUUUGACAUCAAGCACAAACUUAACCAAUACACGAAAACGUUUUACUGAUCACAUUCUUUUUUUCUUCAGUACAAUUGUGACUGCGGAGAUAAGUGACAGUGAUAAGGAGAGGUAGGGAUAACAGUGAACGGUCUGUCUCACUCAUUCAGAGAGCACCGUUCCCAGCGGCCAGGGUUCAGCAGUCCCUGCUUUCCUAAAGUGUGCUCAUCACAGAGGUCGCCGAUACCUGAUAGGGUUCCGGAGAGGAGAGAAGAGCCGCCCACCUAUCAUCGGUAGACACACCUCCGUAGAAUUCCCGGAGGCAUUACAAAGAGAUGCACAAAGACUGGGCAGGAAUCUCAGUGGACGCAGAGGCAAAGUGCAAGACGAGUGUUGGAAUAACGCAGUAUUAAGGAUAAGGAAGGAUCUCGAUGAACCAGAGCGACAGCAUGGACUCAACCACCGGAACAGGUACAGCGACGGGUAGCAACAAACGGCGAAAAAGCUUCUGGCGAAAGCUUUUGUUACUGAUGUGGAAGAACCUCCUGCUGCGUCGAAGACACUGGCUGCUCACGGCCUUUGAAAUCUUGCUGCCCACGCUGCUCUUCACCCUACUGGUAACCAUCAGGGUUCUGCCGGACAGCAGUUUCAUCCCUCACUUUGUCGACCACAACUCAACUUUCGAUGUAACAAGCGAGCGAGAACUGAGAGAAAUAUUUUGUAAUGAAUAUGGAGUCAUGGUAGGGGGCAAGUGUAGUUCCCCUUGGAUUGAAAAACUACCAGCACAAAGAAAGAUAUUUUAUGGACCUCACAAUAAUUUCACCGCCGGAGUCGCCAACUACUUGGCUGACAGCCUCGGAAUUACACGUAAAGUGCUUUCCCCUGUGUCAUCCAAUGAGGAUAUGGACGUGAUGGUGGACAAGUCUUAUUUUGAGGCCGACAAUGCACUGCCAACCUUUUAUGUGGGACUCUACUUCAAUGAUCUGCAGGACGACCAACCCCCUGAGAAAUUAGAUUACUUCUUACGACUUAGUGGGUACUGGUUCACUGAACUGAUCUACCCUUUCCUACAGAUCCCGGGGCCGAGGAACUUCAGCCUCUUUGGCGACACACACGGAGGUUACAACAUGAAUGGAUUCACUCUCAUACAGAGCAUAGUGGACCGAUAUUACGUAUCCCUUAUGGCUGGUGACAACGACACGGACUACAACACGCAAUAUGAGAUAGAGACGCAGAUGUACCCGUAUCCUCCCUACGUGCAGGACAACGGCAUGAGCCAGUUUUAUGGGUCUUCACUGCCCCUGUUUGUCGUGCUGUCCCUGGUCCUGCUGUCUCCUUCCCUCAUCAAGAGUGUAGUGUAUGAGAAGGAGACGGGCGUCAGGGAGCUGAUCCGUCUGAUGGGCCUGAGUGGGUGGCUGGUGUGGUUCGGCUGGUUCUUGCACUCCUUCGUCAUCAUCCUGUUGGUGUCCUCCAUCAUGACUUUCUUCCUCAAGGUGGAACUCAUGCCUGCCACCGAUGCUUCUGGAUACCUACCUGCCAUCCUAGCCUACAGUGACCCUUUCUUUGUCUGGGUUCUCUUUGUCCUUUACGGCAUAUGCUCCAUCUCCUUUUGCUUUGUUAUUUCUACAUUCUUUAGCAAGCCGACCAUGGCCACCACCAUAGGCAUCUUGAUCUGGCUAUGCUCCUACUUCAUCCCGAGUACUCUCAUGUAUGACUACAAUAACCUCAGCCAGACCGCGAAGCUCCUCUCCUGCCUCCUACCCAACAUGGCCAUCACGUGGGCUUUCAAAGUGAUGGCCAUGUUUGAAGGAAGAACGCUGGGCAUCCAAUGGCAUAACGUCUGGGAAACAGGCAACCCACGAGAUGAACUGACGCCCGCCGCAAUCCUGCUGAUGAUGGUCCUUGACACCUUCCUGUUCUUGUUUCUGGUGUGGUACGUGGACCAGAUCAGCCCAGGGAAAUACGGUGUUCCGCUGCCCUUCUACUUCCCUUUCCAGAGGAGUUACUGGUGUGGCACGCAGCCUGAGAGCGUGACGAGCAGCACUUCAGACAGCGACGACCCGACAAGCCACUACUUCGAAGAGGAGCCCGAGGGACUGAGGCCUGGCAUUGUGAUCCGGAACCUGCGGAAGGAGUUUCGGACACUGGGAGGAAAAGUGAAGGUGGCGGUGGAGGACGUGUCCAUGACAUGUUAUGAGGGCCAGUGCACUGUGCUGCUGGGCCACAAUGGCGCUGGGAAGACCACCACCAUGUCUAUCCUGACAGGGGUUUAUGCGCCCAGCGGCGGCCAAGCGGAGGUCGGCGGCUGGAACAUUGCCACACAUCUGAGGGAGGCACGCGAGGAGCUGGGACUAUGUCCGCAACAUAACAUGCUGUUCGUUGACCUCACUGUGCUGCAACACCUGCUUUUCUUUGGUCGGCUGAAAGGGUUGACGACCAAGGCGGCGGAGGAGGAGGCCGUGGAGCUGCUGGGGCGCCUGGAUCUGCUCGACAAGAAGAACAUGUUCGGCAACCAGCUGUCGGGCGGUAUGAAGAGGAAGCUUUCCCUCGCCAUCUCCCUCAUCGGUGGCUCUAAGGUGGUGAUCCUGGACGAGCCUAGCAGUGGCCUGGACCCUGAAUCGCGGCGGUGGGUGUGGGACGUGGUGCAGGGUGAGCGAGGCCGCCGCACCAUUCUGGUCACCACGCACCACAUGGAGGAGGCGGAUGUGCUGGGAGAUCGUGUGGCCAUCAUGGCCUCCGGCAAGGUGGUCUGCGCGGGUUCCACGUUUUUCCUCAAAAAUAAGUUUGGUGACGGAUACACCCUCAACCUGGUUGUGUCGCAGAGCUGUGACGCACGGAAGCUGAUGGAGACUUGCAGGAAGGAAAUGCCAUCCAUCAAGCUGCUACGGGGACAGGGCGGGGAGUACACCGCCAUCCUCCCACAGGACACUGCAAAAUUCGCUCCCUUGCUGGAGAGUCUGAGCCGCCAGAAGCAGGAGCUACAGUUGCGGCACAUUGGUCUUUCUCUUACUAGCAUGGAGAAAGUGUUCCUUAGGGUUGGAGAAGUAGCUGCAGGAGAGCCGCCCGUAAUGUCGAGACCGCAGUCAGCGAUCGGCUUCCAGAACGGAAAUUCCUAUGAGAGUCUCAAUGGAUCUACAUCGAUAGCAAAGGACGUCGUCUUCUACAAUAGCCAGCGGCAUCUCUUCAGUAGCCAGAAUUUGGUGGACGGCAGGCUGGCGGGCACCAGGCUGUUGGCUCAAAGGAUCAAGGGUUUUUUAAUCAAACGAAUCAUCUACUUCAAAAGAAAAUGGCUCCUUCUUGUUACACAGGCUCUACUGCCGGUCUUAGUGACCGUCGCCUGCCUCCUGAUGGACGCGAACUUGGCUUCCUCUGCAAUGCGUCAGCCACCUCUGGAACUCAACCUCACCAUGUUCCCGUACUCGCAGUCCUUCGUGUUGUCUGAUCCGAGCCACGAUGAGCUCGCCGACGCGUACAAAUCGUUCUUCUGGGAACCGUACAAGGUAAAUUCAACGGACAACAUGGACGCCACUCUGCUGGAAGAGGGAGAAAAGGACAUCUUCAGGUACCGAGAGAACAACAUAUGCUCGGCUGAGUUCCUGGAUGGCGAGUCAGGCAAAACAGCAAUGCGCAUGAGGUACCAGAGCAUCCCCUUUCACGCUCCUGGUAUCAGCACGUCCAUCAUCUCCAAUGCUCUCCUCCGUUUCGCUACAAACUCCACGAACCACUCCAUUACCACCACCAACUACCCUCUUCCUCCAAAUAAAGCGAUGGAACUGAGCGACAACAACACAUCAGGCAGCUCCCUUGUGUAUUCCAUGAUGAUGCCACUCGCACUGGCUCUCCUCACCGCCUCCUUCCUGGUUUUUCCCCUUCAGGAGAGAGAGACUAAGGCCAAGCAGAUUCAGGUGAUGACUGGAGCUCCUUUAUGGGGCCUGUGGCUGUCUACUUUUAUCUGGGACUACCUCACCUACCUUGCAUCCUCUCUUGUCAUCUUCGCCGCCUUCAUGAUAGGCGAUACGCAGAAAUACUUCACAGUGGAUGCCGCUCCCGCCGCUCUGCUUCUACUGUUGCUUCUGUAUGGAUGGGGAAGCAUCCCUCUGGCCUAUGUGUUCAGCUUUUUCUUCCAGACCGCCGCCGCCGGGUUUGCCGUACUGACCCUCAUUAGCAUCGUGGCAGGCAUGAUCAUCACCAUCGCUGUCUGGGCCCUUGAUCUCUCCAAUCAGCCUGAUCUGCUCAUUCUGAGUGAUGCUCUACACUGGAUCACCUCUAUCCUGCCUGCAUACCCAGCCUCCAUGGGUUUCAAGCACAUGGUGAACACAAGUGACUUCAAUACCCAGUGUGACAUGUUCAAUAGCACCCUGAAGGAGCAGCUGUGUGACAACCUCUACAUAUUCCAGCCAAAUGCUUCUUUCGUGGCCUGCUGCCCCAAGUGUGCUACCACUGGGAUGAGGGUUUGCUUCCAGAAAAGAUCUUACUUUGCCUUUGAUGAGUAUGGGAUGUCUCAAGAUAUGCUCACACUGACCAUUAAUGGAUUCAUUUUCUUUAUCCUUCUUUUCCUAAUUGAUUCUGGCUUCUUCACAAAACUCAGAAUGAUGUUGCAAGGGUUGUGUAGGAAAAAAACAACUCCCACUGACACUGAGGUCACCUUGGACAAUGAUGUAGUUGCAGAGGCAGAACUGGUAAACAAUCUAUUGGCUGGCGUGCCACUUGACCCACCACAUGAGACAAGUCUAAUAGUGAGUGGCCUCUCCAAGACAUUUGUGGGUGCAAAUCGUCCAGCAGUCAAUGAAAUCAGUUUCCACGUGGGUCGUGGAGAGUGCUUAGGGCUACUUGGUGUCAAUGGUGCCGGCAAGACCACCACCUUUAGAAUGCUGACUGGAGAUGAAGUGCCCUCUUCAGGGGAUGCCAGGAUUGGCAAUACGUCUCUCAGCGGCCAAGUCAGGAAAUUCAUACAUGAAAUUGGAUACUGCCCUCAAUUUGAUGCUGUUUUGGGGGAGCUCACUGGGGAAGAAACACUAAUGCUUCUGGGUCGCCUCCGAGGCAUUAGCGAUAUUAGUCUACCACACUCUGUCAGCGAACUGAUAUUCCUUGUAGGACUAACAGAAUGUGCAAAGCGCCCUUCCUCCACUUAUUCCGGUGGCAAUAAGAGAAAGCUGUCCACAGCAAUGGCCCUGAUUGGUGACCCACCAUUAGUAUUCCUGGAUGAACCCACCUCAGGCGUGGAUCCCGCCUCCCGCCGCAGAGUGUGGGCAGCUAUUACUAAAGCAGUGCAGUGUGGUCAGAGUGUGGUGCUUACUAGCCAUUCCAUGGAGGAGUGUGAAGCACUCUGCUCUAGAAUCAUAAUUAUGUCUCGGGGAACUCUGCGCUGCAUUGGGUCUUCUGGCCACCUCAAAGCCAAAUUUGGUAAGGGAUACAGCCUCCAAGUGAAGCUCAGAAUGCACAACGAUCGUUUGGAGGAUGACCAGCAAUAUGCAGCUCAAGUGUUACAGCUAAAGACCACCAUCAGACAACGAUUGGCAGGUGCUGUGCUCACUGACCAGCAUAAGGGUAUGUUAGCCUUCAGAGUUCCCACUGAGGUUUCAUGGGGUUGUCUUUUCUCUGUAAUGGAGGCAAUGAAACACGACCAUGGGGAUGUAGAAGCCACAGCACAGAAUCCUCUAGUAGAAGACUACACAGCCUCUGAUACAUCUCUGGAGCAAGUGUUCCUGUCUUUUGCACGAGAAGGAGUGAAUUCUGAUUCAGACACAGACAUAAUUACCAAAUUGUAAUUUAUUUUUAUUUACACUUAUCCAUGUUAUACUUGUAUGUUGCAUGAGUGCUGUCUCAUCAUGUUAUCAUGUUCAUGAUACUGCCAUAACUGCUUCAUGAUUAUUAGUGUUGGCUAUUCUUCUAUAGCAGUAUUCUCUACCUACCAGUAUUUCCAUUUCUCAUACCAAUUUCACAUCAAGUAAAAAGCUAUGUAAUUUUCUUCAGUUUUAUCCUCAUCACACUGUAUUCAUUCAGUAGCUAUGUGAGAUAUCUCCUUCUCUUGCAAUAUAACUAAAUAACCAGGAGCAUACUGAUUCCACAGUUGUAAAGUUUUAUAAGAACCAUAUAGUAUUCAU